AUGGCAGCGGAAAUCGAUAAGCUGAACAAAUCAUUCACCAUGGUCUACGAACUUAUUGACAACAAAAUGCUUGCACUACAUACCGCCGUUGAUAAAGAGAUGAGGGAUCUUUCUACCAAAGUAGAAGAAAGGAUAAAAGAACAAGCUAGUCGCACAGAAGAUAGAAUGAAAAAAAUAUUUGAAGAGAGGUUGGUAGAAGUUGAAAGGAAAUUAAACACAAAGGCUGACAACAUCGACACUGAAUACUUGACCGUACACGGUAAAGAUAAAGAACCGGAACCACAUGGUGAGUCCGACAAAUCUUACACUGUUUCGAUGGCCGAUUCAGAUUACGUUUCACCAAAACGUAAACACUUGGCCAGUAAACAACAAAGUCGUGGUGAUUUUGUUUUAAUUACAUCCAACAGUUUUCCAGCCGAACUUGCGAAUGAGACUGAAGAACAAAGUAAUCUUACUAACAUAGCCACCACCAGCGACACAGAUAACCAUAUCGUAACUGAAGAACACAAAGACAUCAAUACCCCUAGCAACCAGGAAAAUAAAUCAAAGGACAUAUACCUAGAAAAUAAGCCAUUGAAUAAUAAUAGCACAGAAGUAAAGAAACUACUCAUUGGUGACUCGUUAACUCGUGACAUUUCAAUUCGCCGUUUUUUUCCCCGCACACAGGCUGACCAUCUACGCAUAUCUACUCUGAGAAAGGCUAGCCAUGAUUUAAACAAAGUACAAUCGACUACGGUAGAUGAAAUUAUAAUACACCUAGGUACUAAUGACUUGAAAGACG